CUUUUGUUGUCCGGGUUCUCCGUACAGGUGCCAGCCCCUUCUUCGGGGUUGGCAACAGCUGGUAGUCGUCAGCGAGGAGCCGAGAGUGCGUCAGGAGAACCCGGGUCUUUCAUGCCGUCACCAACAACAACACUGCUUUUAUUGCUGACAUUGUGCCUCAUGGCUGCAGCUGCUGCUGCUGCAACAGCAAACAACGCCGAUAUCAACAAUCAGCCUUAA